CCCGGGCUUAUAAACGCCGCCGCCCGGCGAGGCCGGAGGUGGCUCCUGCGCCUGGCCAGCUCCGCCCGGCCUUCCCUCCGGCCCACCUGGCCGCCAUGCGCCUCUCGUCCUCCCCACCUCGUGGCCAGCAGCAGCCCUCCAGCUUUGGCUCUGUGGACUGGCUCUCCCAGAGCAGCUGCUCAGGGUCGUCCCACACCCCCAGACCUGCCGACGUCUCCCCGGGGAGCCUCCCUGACCCGGGCCAGAUAUCCGGCGCCCGGGAGCCCCCUCAGGCCGUCGGCAUCAAAGAGGCCGCCACGUCCUCAGAUCUGCCUGCGCCGGAGAGGACCGUGGCUGGGUUGAGUAAGGAGCCAAAUACCUUGCGGGCCCCCCGUGUCCGCACAGCCUUCACCACGGAGCAGGUCCGCACCUUGGAGGGCGUCUUCCAGCACCACCAGUACCUGAGCCCUCUUGAGCGGAAGAGGCUGGCCAGGGAGAUGCAGCUCUCAGAGGUCCAGAUAAAAACCUGGUUUCAGAAUCGCCGGAUGAAACACAAACGGCAAAUGCAAGAACCGCCGCCGCACAGCCCCUUCUCAGGGUCUCUCCACGUGCCCCCAGCUUUCCACUCACCGUCUUCUGGCCUUGCCAAUGGCCUGCAGCUGCUGUGCCCUUGGGCACCCCUGCCUGGGUCCCAGGCUCUGAUGCUGCCCCCUGGCUCCUUCUGGGGUCUCUGCCAAGUGAAACAAGAGUCCUUGGCCUCUACAGGGGCUUCCUGCUGCAGGCAACCUCUGGCGUACCAGCCCCCAACCCCAGGAAGUGGCCUGCCUACACCGGGACCAGCCCUGUCCACGGGGCCCUGGGGCCUGUGUGCUCUGCCAGAGACAGGGGAUGCCUUUUGAGGAAGCGCCUCUGACUGCCUCCCACACUCACGGUCUUGCUGAUUGCACCUGGCUCCUACCUGGAGGACUCAGCUGUUCUGUUUAUAUCGUGGUGGCGCCUCUCACCCUGACCACACAAAGAUUCUGGAGAGUUCUGGAGAAUGUAUAUAUAUCCUUGUGGUUCAAGUCCCUCUUCACAAGAACUCCAAAGCUGGAAAGCAGGAGGGAACAGGUGAAAAUGAAGGCCAGGAUGCUGGGGCCCUCGGGACUGCCCACGGCCUGCUGGGGGCUGCUCUUCUCCGGCCCGGGAAAGUGGGGCAGCUGGGACCUGCGGCUGUGCCUGGACUGAAGCUGUCCUGCAGGUCCCCACCCUCCAGCACGAGCUCACCUGCCCCCUCCUCACAGCAACCUCGGGACAAAACAAUGACUCAAGGACAGCACUUCCUGCAGAAGGUCUGGAAGUGCCCAGAAUGGGAGGCUGGGAAGCCCCUCCUGGGGAGAACUCCCCCAUCGAUGGACCAUUCUUGGUGCAGACUCCUGACUGCAUGCAUGGAACCUUAGACAAGUGAGCAUCCGUCCACGUCGCCCCAGAGUGCCCAGGAGGCAGGCAGCGCAGGGCGCCCAGGCAGACAGGUUCAGCCUGCAGGACUGUGACCUGUGAAACCCCCCCGGGCACCCCAACAGGAGCAGAAGCGAGGUCCCGCGGCCGCGUCCACAGCGAGUUCCACUUUCCCCUUGCUCGCUUCUGCCUUGUUGGAAGUGUUUACAACUGGAUGUGAUUUUAUAAUACAACGUCAGGUAAGAGGAGAACAGC